GAUUUUGACAAUCAGGAUUCGCACUAUCUGACGUACAUCUUGGCCUUUUUGUCAACAACAUUGAAUUUUGUGCUGAAGUAAUUUCUGAAUAAAAAUCAAUGGCAGGGUCAUCGGUAAUAAAUCCCCUGAAAUAUAUAGUGAACAGACAAUACAGUGAUCGUUUAGUGAUAAAAAAUCGAAUAUUCAAAGAACGGUUAGCCAAUGCUAAAAAUUUUUACAGAAAGGACUUGGUUGCCCACUAUGGGUGUGUGAAUGCCAUUGAAUUUUCCGACGAAGGUGAACUAUUGGUUUCAGGAGGCGAUGAUAGGCGAGUUUUGUUAUGGAACAUUUCCCAUGCUAUUUUCGAUAUACGGGGCUGUUCAAGGAGUUCUUCAAGUGCAUUCAAACCGGAGCCACAAGAUGAUGAAAGUGGGCACAUGAAUCCUAUGUCUAUGAAGAAAACACACAACAGCAACAUAUUCUGUGUCGCAUUUGAUUCAAAGAAUGAAAGGAUAUUUUCAGGAGGCAAUGACGAUCAAGUGAUUAUUCACGAAGUUGCCUCUGGAAAUGCACUAACAUCCAUAUCUCACAGAAAACCAGUUUAUGGUUUAACUGUAAAUCCUCAAAAUGAUGAAAUUAUAGCCACUGCUGGUGAGGAUGGGAGACUUUUGUUAUACGAUAUUCGGGAAGCUCCAAGCCAAGAAGCGCAAGUGCUUGCCAAGCAAAAGACUGGUUUCCAUUCUGUGAUGUUCAACCCUAUUAAUCCUAGAUUUUUGGUGUCUGCCAACUCGGAAGAAGGCAUAGCUUUAUGGGAUUGUAGAAAACCUAAAGAAGAAUUAGUUCAUUAUGACUCAUCUAUAGGCAAGACCUCAGGAAUUAGUGCUUGUUUUGACUCUUUAGGGAAAAGAGUGUUAGCAUUGAGGAGACGCUUACCACCUGUGUUAUAUAAUACUCAAAGCGACCAGGCAAUAUGUCAGUUCUAUCAUCCUCAGUAUUACAACAGUUGCACAAUGAAAACAUGUUCUUUUGCUGGAGAAAGCGACGAAUAUGUUUUAAGUGGCUCCGAUGAUUUCAAUUUAUACAUGUGGAGAAUACCAGAAGAUGAGGACGAAUGGGGUACAUCACACGUUGUGCUGAAAGGGCAUAGAUCUAUCGUAAACCAGGUCCGCUACAAUAAACACAAUAAUCUAAUUGCCUCUUCUGGGGUUGAAAAAAUGAUAAAGUUGUGGAGUUCUUUACAUAUAGGUACAUGGGGAGGGUCCCUGUUGAAGGAGUAUUCAGAGCCAGCGAGAAUUGUUUACACUCAUCAAGACUAUGUAGAUUUGGUAGGCACUAGCGGUGAAAGGAUAUCGCAUGACUACAGUGAUCAAUCAACUUUGGAAGAUUCAAAAAUGAUGUCGUUUUUCGAUUCAUUGAUUCAACGAGAAAUUGAAGGUUGGGCUAGUUCAGAAGAAUUUCAAACGACAGACAGUGGCGACUCGGACUUGGAGCACGACUACUCCAAGUUAUUGCAAAGAAUCUUCAGGAGCCGGAACAAAACGGUAGAGGAACCUAGAAAAUACAAGUACAAUAAAAUAGCGCAACUAAUUUCGAAAAAGCGACAUCGACUGGCCAGAAUGGCAUAUAAUAAAGCGCCUGGUUCAAUUAGAAAGAUGCAACAGCGUGAGAGGAGGAAAAGGAAGGAACGAAAUGCGCUCAAAUUGAAAGCCCAAGCCAAACUUAAUGAAUCAUCGAAGAAAUCGCCAAGGAAACAGUUAAACGCUUUGGAGUGUGUAAAUAAUAAAUCUCCUAAUGAAAAUAGUCCAAGGUCUCUCCGAUAUUGCACUCGAUCAUGCUUGAAGGAAGCAUGCGAGAAUGCGGGCCUGACUAUGCUUUUGGACACGCCAAGUACCAGUACCGGAAUCACUAACUCAAGUUCGUUAGUAUAUCGGGUUUUAGAUCAAGAUUCAGAUGACGAAGCUUUGAAUGUAGCUGUAAAUAGUCCAGAAAACGGUUAUAGUGAUCAAUCUUCAAAUAAUGAUCAAUCGUCAAACAAUGAUGGCGAAAACUUGGUUAAUAUAAUUCCAACACCGUUGAAUGGUACUCAAGAGCACAUAUUAAACGGCUUGGAAAUGUCGCAGAAUAAUGCUGAAGCAACUAGUACUAAUGGGCAGUUAUCUAACGGAAAUAGCCCCAGCAAUGGAAUUAUUGUAACAAUUCGGAAUAGUGAAGAUUACAAUAAUGGAGCUUCGACUAGUAGAGGUUCUAUAGAAUCUCAGCCAAGGAAACGAAAACAUGUUAAGAGCUAUUAUGUGGCUUCAAAAAGUACCUAUUUUACUGAUUCAGACGAGGAAAGUGCGACAAGUCGAGUUAACCAAAUUGAAGAUGGUUAUCAUACAUCUUCCUCUGAUUCCGAUUAUGAGGAAGAUUGCAGUACGCCGCCAACGAAACGACGAAGCUUCAAUAAUUCAGACAGUGGAUGCGGCACCGGUCCAAGCAGUAGCAAGUAUAAUAGAUUUAUGAACAAGUACGUGUCUUUCAACGGCAAAAAGACUCCAGAAACGGCGCCUGGAAGUUCCCGAAACGGGCACACUAGCGACGAUGAAAAUAGAAAUGCACGAUUCAGAAAAAGAGUCCGUAAAGCACGAGUGAACCUUAGAAAUCGCGCUUGUCUUAACGACUCGGAUUCUAACUAAGUGUUUAUGAGGUGGAAAAACUGUUUAAAAAAAUUGACUGAAAACACCGUAGAAACAACUGAAUUUGCAUACCUUUGUAUUGUGGAAGCCCUCUACAUCCGAUACUUUAUUCACGGCAUAUGGGACAUUUUCAGAGAGUAGUGUUUUUUCAGUGAUUUUUUUUGAUUUAUUUGGAAGGGCUAUAAUUUAAAAAAUCUAUUCCAAUUUACUGAACUAAACAUGUGAUUAAAAUUACCUUAAAUUUUAAUUAGUAACGUCUCAAUAUUAAAAAUGAUUAUUUGAUGUAUACAUUAUUCAAAAUAUAUGGCGCAUAAGCCAAAACAUUGAGGCUCUGAAAACUCUGGAAUCGAGCAUUGAGCAAUUUUGAAUCAUUAUUUAUUUGAGCCUGCUUUUAGUUGGGACCUGCAUAUUUGCCUAAACGAUUUAUUUUAGCAAUUUAUUCUAUAAUUAUUAAAACUUAUUUGAAAAUUAAAAGUAAAAUUUGUUAUUC